AUGCGUCCAAUUGUGAAAAUCAGCGGCAUAUACCGCGUGCCGUACGGCGACGAGGAAACCCUGAAGCAGGCAGUGUACUUCUAUGGUCCCGUGGCCGUCGCCAUCGAAGCUAGCAAAGACUUCGUCCACUACCGUGAGAUUAAGAUGCUGAUGCUUUUAAGUUUUGAAGAUUUGACAAGUCGCUGGCACGUGUAUGUCAUUGAGCAAAGCUACAGCUCAGCAACUGGCAAGAUAGAGAUGAUGAAGCCAUUAGUAGCGGUGUUGGUUAUUGCGGUGGCAGCAAUGGCGGUGGCCGAUGAUGUCCCAUUUACCGACAAGGAUUUGGAGUCAGAGGAGAGCAUAUGGAAGCUGUACGAGAGGUGGGGCCAUGUGCAUGGCUUGACGUCACGAGACCUGGCUGAGAAAGGGAGCAGGUUCGAGGCGUUCAAGGUGAACGCCAAGCAUGUGAACGAGUUCAACAAGAAAGAGGGCAUGACCUACGAGCUAGGACUCAACAAGUUCGCUGACAUGACGCUCGAGGAGUUCCUCGCCAAGUAUGCCGGUGCCAAGGUAGACGCCGUCAUCUUGCAGGCUUCCGUUCGUGAGCUUGAGGAGGAGGUGAUCGGUGAUGUGCCCACCACAUGGGACUGGAGACAGCACGGAGCUGUCACUGCUGUCAAGGAUCAAGGCCAAUGUGGUAGCUGCUGGGCGUUCUCGGCGGUGGGCGCAGUGGAGAGUGCAAACGCGAUCGCGACAGGGAACCUGCUUAAGCUGUCUGAGCAGCAAGUGCUCGACUGCUCCGGCGACGGCGACUGCAACGGCGGCUGGCCUGACAUGGUCCUAAAAGGUUAUGCUAUCGAGCAGGGGAUAGCUCUGGACAGUAGUGGCAACCCACCCUACUACCCACCCUACGUGGCAGCCAAGAUGAGCUGCAGGACGGUGGCCGGGAAGCCCGUCGUGAAGAUGGACGGCACAACCCGGGUGGCCUCCGGUGAGACUGCCCUUAAGCAGAGCGUCUCCCUGCAGCCCGUCUCCGUGCUCAUCGAAGCCGACACCAACUUCCAGCUCUACAAAUCGGGCGUGUACAGUGGGCCGUGCGGGACAAAAGUAAACCAUGCCGUGUUGGCAGUAGGGUAUGGCGUUACAUCUAACAACAUCAACUACUGGAUUGUUAAGAACUCGUGGAACACCACCUGGGGCGAGAGUGGUUAUAUCCGCAUGAAGCGUGACGUGGGUGGCAACAAGGGGCUGUGUGGCAUUGCCAUGUAUGGCAUUUAUCCCACCAAGAUCAAGCAGAAUCCUUUCUCAUCUGUUGCCGCCAGUGUAGCCGAUGCUGCUUUCUACUAG